GUCCACAGUACCCCCAACUAAACAAAAAGAAAUUGUUAAAGAGCUCUCUCUCUCUCUCUUUCAUAAAAAGGCAAGAGGAGAGCCAAGUACCAAACUUUUUCCUUCAGGGUUUUCCUCUCAAAAUCCCAACUUGGCCUCUGUUUUUGCUUUCUUUUAUGUUCUCUUCUUCUCUAAAAACCAUCUCAUACUUCCAAGAAUUUCUCUCACAAAGACCAAGAACUCAAAAUGUAUCAAGAUUCUGGAUUAAUGCUCCGUUACAUGCAAAACUGUCCCCCAGAUAUUCAACAAUUCGAAGACCUCUUCAAAUCAUACAAACUCUCCGAUGAAAUGGUCUCACUUUUCUUUCAAUUCUGUUUUUUUCAAUUCAUUACAUUUGAUUACAGAUCUUUCUUCUUUUUCUUUACUUGAGAUUGGUUUUCAAUUUUUAAACACUUUGUUUUGGUUAAAGAUUCUGAUAGGUUUUUUUUUUGUCUUUUGAUGUAACUAGUCUUCUUUGUUCCUCUUUUUCUUGGUUUACGAAGUUAAAAUUUGUCCACUAGUGAAGUGGUUUUUGUGGUGUUUAAGUGUUAAGUAGCUAACUUUUUUUUUUCUGGUGAAAUUUUUGUAGCCACUUGAUGAGAUAUUUUGGUUCCGCUGACAUGAGCAAAAUGUGUUUUUGGCUGCUGAGAAAGUUGAGUAAGAAAAAAUUAGGUUUUUUCAAAGGAAUAAAAACGGAAUCUUUUUUCUGCUGCAAAAAGCCAAAAUUUUCUUUUCCAUUGAAAAAAGGAGUUUUCUUGGGACACCAAAGAAAGUCUCUCUUUUUUGUUUGUGGGUUUUGAUUUUGAUAAUGGGAAUUUGCUCCUUUUUCACAUGAGAUUCCGUGUUCUUCAAGACUUGUUCUGUUCUGAUUUAUAAAACUAUAGAAUUGGUUUUGUGUUAUUUAAUUGGCUCUUUCUUCUCAAAAAUCAAUACUCCACUAAAGAAAGAAGAAGAUUCUUUUUUCUCUUACCCUUUUUGAACGAAUCCACUCAACAAAAAGAUCUAUGUUUCACUGUCUGAAUGUCUCUAACUAUGUUCUGUCUUGUGUGGUCACUGAUUCGAUGUUACUUAUGAUUGUCCUUUUUUUUGCAGAACAACACUUUUGUUGAGUCAUCAAACAUAUCUGAGUAUGAUAUUGGAGAAGAAAGUGAUCUUUUUAGAGCUCCUGAUCCAAUUCUUGAAGAACCAAUCUUAACCGUUGAUCCACUCUCUGCUGCUUUGACUAUGAUCUCUUGUGGUGAAGACACUUCACAAGGUCUUUGUGAGCUUCCUGAUCUUGGUUCAUUGCAGAGUGGUCAACAGCUUCUUGACAAAGCUUUUUAUGAAUGUGAGCAAGAUCUUAUGAUGAAAUCAGCUAUGGAGUCUCCAUUCUCUGAUGUUUUAGACAUCAAGAACAUCUCUGUUGUGACGACAAUCAAUGAGAACCAGGAUAUGCAAAAGAGUGUUAGCUCGGGGAAUUUGAGCUCUAUGGAUUGGUCACAUGCACAACAAGAGACUGUAAUGAUUCAGAAUUUUCCUGAUUUCGAUUUUGGUUAUGGAAUGCGAAGAGCCUUUAGUGAAGGCGACAUACAGAAACUUGGGGCAGGUCUUGUUCAAUCUCCACUAGAUAGGAUUAUUGUGAGCUGCACUUCAGAAGAUCGCCGUGAGAAGCUUUCUCGAUACAAGAACAAGAAGAGCAGGCGAAAUUUCGGGCGUAAGAUUAAGUAUGCUUGCAGGAAAGCUCUUGCAGAUAGCCAACCGAGAGUCCGAGGAAGGUUUGCGAAAACAGAGGAGAGGAAAUAGAAUGGUUCAAGAAAAGGGCUCAAAGGAAGGAGACUAAGCAAAAGGAAGAAACAUGAAGAAUAAGGAGAUAAAGCCCAUCUCAUUAGAAACUAGUUUUGUUUUAUAUAUCUAUGUAUAAACUUUAAAAUCUUAUAAGCAUCCAAUUAGUUUUUUGUAUAUAAAGGGUUUCUCUAAAUAAGCUUUAAGUAAAGAAAUUGUAGCUAAAGAAAGUUUGUAUUAUUGUAGUUUAAAGAAGUAAUGUAUCAGUGGGUGAGAGAUGUAUAUACAUAAUCUAUAAUUCUACAUAUUUUUAUAAAUCAUGUGAUGUUUCUUUGCUUGUAAGCAUUGCAACAAG